AUGACAAAGCACGGCGACACUAUUCGACCUUUUCUGUUUUCGGUUCGACUGCUCCUAUGGAUAUGCGCAGUAGUCACUUUGGGCCUUAGCGCCUGGGUGGUCGAUCACCUGAAAGGUUAUCGGGCCAUCUUCACCCUAGUCAUUGCGGUUCUCACUACGGCAUUCUAUAUUCCCUCCCUGUUCACCUCGUGCAUGCAUCGCAAUCGUGGCUAUAUGAUCCCAUUGGAUAUAGUCUUCUAUGCACUAUGGCUAUCGGCAUUCAUUUUUGUUGCCCAAACUGAUGACCUUCUUGAUGGCGCCGGGUGUGCAUACUACAUUUGGGACCUAAGUAACAGUUGCAGGCGGAGGAAUGCCAUCCAAGCGUUUAGCUUCCUGUCUUUCUUCUGGACACUCUGUGGCCUGUGUUUGGAAAUCCUCAAUAUUUAUCUCGAUGGCCGGCGCUCUACGGUUCCUACUGUUGACCAUCCUGAGAAACCGAUUUCAUCGGGCCCAGGUGCCAACAAUGGAACUACUACGGCCCCCAGAGACGGGCCUGCUCCAGCAAUGAAUGGCGCAAACCCUCAAGUUUGA